AUGGUUGGCCCAGAAGUUCCGGAUGAUAUCAAGCAGAUCAGACGAGUGAGACGGGAAACAUCAGCACCUUCCAAUGUGGACAAAAUAUCGCUGGUGGAACAGCACCAGAGAGACAACCAGUCUAACAAAAAGGAUAUCCUCUACAACUCACAACACGGACUGAACUCGGAAAUACGACAGGAGAUGAUGAAGCGGUUGUCUAAACUGGACUCGAAGUUCGAGCAGUAA